CAGGGACCUGCUGGGAGUGUAGGGACUGAGAAGAUCACUGAUUUAAGAUGGUGCUUGUCCAUGUAAGGCCCUGAAGAUCAGAGCCAGGAUCUUGAAUUGAACCCUGAAGUUGACUGGCAGCCAGUGAAGAUAGAAGAGGAGCGGAGUGAAGUGGGUGUGUGGUUUGGUCAGAAGAAGUGGACAGGCAGGCAUAAACCAACUAGUUCAGGGACGUUUUGCUCAAGAAACCUGAGGGCCAGUAAAGUCAGGUCAGCAUUCUGAGAUUACAAUUACAAAUCACUAGUUUUGAGCUGAGCCUGUUCUGGUGGUUUAGAUGCAACAAGUGCUGGAAUCUGCCUUCUUGGGCUUUCAAAAAGGAAAUAAAUGAUUAAAAACUCCCCCAGCUGGCAUUCAGGUUCUGCUGUUAGAAUGAUCUAGUCUAGGUCUGAAGAGCUUAAGUUUUGUAUUCUUUGAAUUAAAGCAGAAUAAAGAUGCUCAGAGAGUUGAAAAUGAGUUGUAAUUGUCCUUUCCACGUUGGUAAAGAGCGCACGCGUUUUCUGACGCUUGGGCGGUGCGGAACCCAACAGCGGUGCGCAAAAGUAGGGGCGUGAAACGGAAUUAAGGGCCUGAUUUAUAGCGCAGUGUUUUUCUGGAAAACUGCGGGAAAAGUGGGAGUGCUCAACCUCAACGUUCACCCCCCUUACCGGUGCGACUACAGGUUUGAACCCAUCAUGGCUUCCCCUCUGAUGAGUCUGGUUCAUGAUGAUGACAGGUACCAGAAGUCCUUCCAGCUCUUCCUGGAGCGCUCCUCAGAGCAUCAGUGUAUGAAGGACUUCAUCCACAACAAGCUGCCACACAUCCUGGCCAGCAUUGGAGAUGGAAAGUCCCAUCUAAAUGUGAUUGAGGUUGGAAGUGGAGCAGGUGACAUUGACCUUGAAAUGCUCUCAGAGCUCCACAAGAAGCACCCAGAAGUGACCAUCGAUAACGAGGUGGUGGAGCCAAGCAGCCAACAGUUACAUCACUAUCAAGUUUUAGUGUCUCAGAAACCAGAAUUAAACUACACAAAGUUCACCUGGAACAAGAUGACAGCCUCAGAGUUUGAGGAGAACUGGAAACAGAAGAAGAUGACAAAGAAGGCAGACUUCGUUCACAUGAUCCAGAUGCUGUACUAUGUGAAGGAUCUCGGCGCCACCAUCAGCUUCUUCCAGAGUCUUCUCGAUAAGAACGGGAAACUUAUUAUAACUCUAGUGUCUGAUAAGGGUGGCUGGGGGAAACUGUGCCAGAAAUACAGGAACCAGUUGUGCAGCACAGGAAUAAGUUAUUGUGUAACCACAAGAGACAUCAGAUGCUUCCUGGACUCCAAGGGAGUGAGCUACCAGAGCUUUGACCUGCCCUCUCACAUGGAUAUCACCGAGUGUUUCACUGAGGGAGAUGAGAAGGGAGAGCUGCUUCUUGAUUUCCUCACCGAGGUGCUGGACUUUAGUAAAACCGCCUCGCCGGAGCUGAAAGCCGGUGUGUUGGAGCUGCUGCGGCACCCGGACUGCAGCUCCCGGUCCGAGGACAGAGUUGUUUUCAUCUACAACCUCGAAGCCAUCGUUAUUGAUGAACCAACCUAAACACGUUUAUAGCAGCAGAAUUAUAACACCUAAUGAUGUCAACUGUAAAGUACGCUAUUGGCUAGUUAGCUAAACCCCUGCUUUCAGUGGAAAUUGGACUAUGAACUUAUUACUGGGGCUCACUUUAGAAAAGCUGGAGAUAAUUAAUUACACAUUACAUGUUAAAGCCCUUGAAGGUAAUAUUUAGGUCUGCAGGAGCUUGAAGUGGUAAAUUAAAAACUGAGAAGCGGAUUCAGGUUUCAGCUGGGGAAGGUUAAACUUUAGGUCAGUGACUGAAAACUCAGAAAAUCUGGACAUUUUGCUGAAUUGUCAACACAUUUAAAUGGCUUAACACUAAAAAACCAACUCUACAAGGCAGACCAAGUGCUACACAUUGUCUUGUAAAAGGCAGCUUCUAGCUAUCUUUCUUACCACGACUGCACAUUUGGGUCAAGUGUAGGUUUUUCUCUUAUCUGUACUGCCUUGCUGUGCACAAAAUUACAAAUGAACUUGUUCAGAUGUUAGCAGAACAGCACGGAAGCUGCCGCAAAGAAUCAGGUAAUGACAGCAACGGAAUCACUGCUUAUAAAAGCUAAAUAAUAGAAAUGAGUUCAUUUUUAAAAAUAGUUUUUCUCAGUUGAAAAGAAAAAUAAUGCAUGUCUGUGACAAACCAAGGAGGUAGUCAAAUAGUUUGAAACUGGCUACUUUCUGGAUGAGACCAGAUUAUUCCUAAUUUCCCUUUCCUUCCAGAAUAUUGUGCUGUGCUCCACUUAAGUGCUGUGUUUUUCCCUUGGUGGGUCUGUUUGGGGAACCAUUUAACAAAUAUAAUUUGAGCUUUGUGAAUUUUUGUCCUGCUGUAUGGAGUUUUUGUGUCACCUAGUGGGCAAUGUGAGUUACUACAAGCAAAACAUUAGAAAAAAACUGGAUUGGAAAAUAAAGUUUUCAGCUUGUUUUAUUUGA